AUGAUAAAGCUGGUAAUAACAAAGUUGAUAAUGAUGAUAAAGUUGAUAAUAACAAAGUUGAUAAUAACAGGGUUGAUAAUAACAGGGUUGAUAAUGAUGAUAAAGUUGAUAAUAACAAAGUUGAUAAUGAUGAUAAAGUUGGUAAUAACAAAGUUGAUAAUAAUGAUAAAGUUGAUAAUAACAAAGUUGAUAAUAAUGAUAAAGUUGAUAAUAACAAAGUUGAUAAUGAUGAUAAAGUUGGUAAUAACAAAGUUGAUAAUAAUGAUAAAGUUGAUAAUAACAGAGUUGAUAAUGAUGAUAAAGCUGGUAAUAACAAAGUUGUUAAUGAUGAUAAAGUUGUUAAUAACAAAGUUGAUAAUGAUGAUAAAGUUGGUAAUAACAAAGUUGAUAAUAAUGAUAAAGUUGAUAAUAACAGAGUUGAUAAUGAUGAUAAAGUUGAUAAUAACAAAGUUGAUAAUGAUGAUAAAGCUGGUAAUAACAAAGUAG